AAACUCGUUCGGAAACUAACUUUGUGAUCGAUUUUACAAAUUAAAUUUAAUACAAAAAAAUAACUUGUGAACUUUAACAAGUUAAAUCUUUCGUGUCGUUAAAUAAUGUUUAAUGUUAUGUACUUUAAUUAAUAUUGAUUUUUAACUUUGAAUAAUUGAGUUGUUAGCAAUAAUGACGGAAAUUUUGCGAGCCCUAAUAAAUGCUUCAGAAAGGGCUGCACUGGUGGCAAGGUCUUGUUGCAAUAGCGAUAAUAAAAAUGAUCUGCUUGUUGCUGAGAAAUCUGAUGGAGAAGCAAACGCUCGUUUUGAAAAAGAUUAUAAAACCAUAGCUGAUGUGUUAGCACAAGAAUGUAUAAGAAAAACAUUAGUUACCAAGUUCCCGGAAUUAACUGGUCAUGUUCGAGGUGAAGAAUGCUGUGAAAUUGGUGGAACGUCGAUCAAACUAGCAGACACUGUUGAUGAAACAGCAGAACUUCUCACUUCACUUGUACACCCAAGUCUUGCAAAGCGUAUGGCCGUGGCUGCCCACUCUGAUACAAAACAUCCACUGCACUACCAGUUGCCAUCUGAUCUUCCUGACGUUGAUGUCAGUGACUUGGGAAUUUGGAUUGAUCCCAUAGAUGCCACAGCAGAGUUCAUUGCAGGAAUAAAUGGUACAGCAGCUUUGAAUAAGGGACUCCAGGUUGUCACUGUUUUGAUUGGGGCAUACAGGAGAUCCACUGGAGAGCCAGUCAUUGGUGUUAUCAAUCAACCUUUUUUCAAUAGUAGUCAGGGUCGUCUUCUUUGGGGUAUUUGUUAUGAAGGUGUUAAGAGAUGGGGUGGACACAAUGUUGAGAACUUUGAUCUUGGUACUGCUGGAAUUUACAUGAGCUCUGCAGAAGAUCCACUUAUAAGGAAGACUUUUAUGACGAUUUGCAACAUCACAGAUGCCGCUGGUGCUGGCAACAAACUUCUUGGAGUUGCUUUGGGUGAUGCCAUUGCAUACAUUUUAUCUAAGAGUACAACAUUCUUAUGGGAUACCUGUGGCCCACAUGCGAUACUCAAAGCAAGAGGUGGUGAUGUAAUAUCAUUUGAUACACAUGCUUCAAUACAGUACAAUGUACCCAACAGCAGUGACCCCCAACAAUUUUGUAAUGCAGGUGGUAUCAUAGCCUAUGGUGACAGUGACCAAUGCGUAAAUUCAAACCUUAGGGAUAUUAAGAAUAUUAUAUUAAAAACACUUGCUAACCGCAAGUAAUUUGAUAGAAUCUAUUUGUUGUUAGUAAUAAUUUAGUAUACAACAUUACAUAUUAUUCCAUUAUUUAUGAUGUCUUCUACAUAUAUUAAUUUAACAAUAUCAGUAUAAAUGUUGUAUUUGUUGUUGUACUAUUAUUGUGGUAUUUGUUGUACGAAUUGUAAAUUUAUUUUCUUAAUAUUAAAUGUUCCUACAUUUAAUUUAAGAUAAUUUAGCUAAGUAUUGUUAUUAAUGCAUUUAAUUUAUAUUUUAACUAACAUUGAAAAUGUAAGUUACUUUUUUGAUCUCAAUUUCUGUCUGUCUAGUCAUGAAUAUAUU